AUGGAGAGAAUAGAAACAUCUAAUGUAAUAAUAGCACGGUCCACCAGCCCAGUCAAGGAUGAAUUUUUCAGCUGUGAGACGGCUCAUGGGCUGCUAGUGAGGGCCGUGGAUGUGCAAAAAGUCGAAACGAAAGAACCUUUACAUGUGACAAUUGUCGCACGCUCCACAGGGAAUGCAUUUAUGACGAGUCGCUGGGUCAGCGUCGGCGUGUACUCGCCAAAAAAGCGGCUGCGGAGCUAG